CUCGCGGUGACAACUUCCGUUUCCGGUUGCCUCCGGCUGGUGGGUUGAAUCUUGAGUGUCCUGAGAGGUCAGAUUGCUGUCAGACAUGGCCCAUGGACAUGGACAUAAACAUGGUCAUAGUAAAAUGGAACUUCCAGAUUAUAAACAAUGGACUAUAGAAGGGACACCAUUAGAAACUGUCCAGGAGAAGCUGGCUGCACGAGGGCUAAGGGAUCCAUGGGGCCGCAAUGAAGCUUGGAGAUACAUGGGUGGCUUUGCAAAUAAUGUUUCCUUCGUUGGUGCAUUAUUAAAAGGAUUCAAAUGGGGAUUUGCUGCAUUUGUGGUAGCUAUAGGGGCUGAAUAUUACCUGGAGUCCCAGAAAAAAGAUAAGAAGCAUCACUGAAGAUAAUACCUGGAAUUAUCUUUUAAUGUCUUCUUAACUCUCUUAUAAAAAGAAUAUUUCUUCACUGUAGCCUACUCAUCUGUGUUUCUUCCUUAAAGAAUACUAGUAAGAUUUAAUAAAGUAAGAGAACAUGUA